AUGGACAAGAACACUCGAUACUUUCACAAUUUAGCCUCAGCUCACAGGAGGAAUAACCGAAUUGAUGCUUUAAUGGUUCAUGGAAGGUUAGUAAGGAAUCAGGACCGAAUUAAGGUAGCUAUCAGAGAUUUUUAUAAGGACUUGUAUCAUCAGGAGAAGUCACCUAAUAUAGGCUUUCGGGAGGGGCUGGUAAAGCAGUUGGAUGAGGGCGAGGCAAUAGAGCUAGAGGUAAUGCCAACUGUUGAAGAAAUAAAGGCAGCAGUUUGGAAUUGUGAGUCAUCAAAAGCGCCAGGAAGUGACGGUUAUAACAUGAAUUUCAUCAAGAAGUGCUGGGAAGAAGUCGGGAGGGAGUUCAUUGAAGCAGUCUUGGGUUUUUUCCAGACCUCUAUGUUGCCUAGGGACUCGAAUGUCACUUGGGUGGCGUUGGCACCGAAGUUCACUGGAGCGAGGGAAAUAAAAGACCUUCGGCCGAUUAGUAUGGUAGGCUGUGUAUAUAAGGUCAUUUCUAAGGUGCUGGUUCGAAGGAUGCGGAAGGUUAUGCUAGGUCUAGUGGGAGAGACGCAAAGUGCUUUUGUAAUGGGCAAGAAAAUUCAUGAUGGGGCGUUGAUUGCAUGUGAAACGGUGCAGUGGCUGAAGACAAGAAAAAAAAGCGCAGUGAUAAUUAAACUCGAUUUUCAAAAGGCGUAUGACAGGGUCAAAUGGAGUUUUGUGGAUAUUGUUUUGCAAAAGAUGGGUUUUGGCCAUAGGUGGAGGGGGAUGGUUGGGGAGGCAGUGAGGAAUGGACGUAUCUCUCCGCUUUUAGUUGGACGGGAUAACAUUGAGUUGUCGCACUUACAGUUUGCUAUUCUGUUCUGUCCUACGGAGGAAGAAACUAUUAGGAACUACAAGUGGUUGCUGCGCUGCUUUGAGAUGAUGUCUGGGCUAAGUAUUAACUUCAAGAAGUCCAGCUUCAUUCCGAUUAAUAGUGAUCAACGUUGGGCGCAUAAAAUGUGUCAGUUGCUGGGUUGUACAGAGGCGUCCUUACCAGUCCGUUAUCUUGGUAUCUCUUUGGGAGCGAAUCCGAGACUUGUUAAGACAUGGCAACCAGUGAUUGACAAGCUUAUACAAGUUGCCAAAGACAGUAGCGGAGAAGUUGAUUUCCCUCCAAAGACGCUCUUGUGGAGUAAGGAGGAUGGGAGAAAUGGGGUGCCACUAGUAAAAUGGGAGGUAGUGAUGGCUCCAAAAAAGGCAGGUGGGUUGGAAGUUGGUGAUGCAGUGAUUCGGAAUGCAGCUCUACUGUUUAAGUGGUGGUGGAGGUUUUCGAAAGAAGAUUGUCCUUUAUGGAAGAAAGCAGUGUGCUCCUGUAAUAACAUGAGCCCUUCUGAGAUGCUGUGUGGUCAGUUACUACCUACAAGAGAGGGUCCUUGGAAGGAUAUUUGUCAACUACAAAUCAGCGAGCCACAAGUCAGAGAGAAAAUGAUCAGAGGCUUGUCUAUGGAUGUAGGGAAUGGCAGAACAGUCCGGUUCUGGGAGGAUAUCUGGUUACCUAAUGGUUCUCUGAAAGAGUUGUUUCCAAGGCUUUUCUCGAUCUCAAACCUUAAAGGAUCUGUUAUAAGGGAUUGCGGGUUUUGGGAUGGGCUAGAGUAG